AUGAAAGCUUUGAAUGCUGAAUGGGGCUCAUUCAUUACACAAAAUCCCGAGACACGCCAUGAUGAUGAUCAACGGAACAGAGACUUCUACGACUCUCCGGCUGGUCAUAAACUAAUUACGGAAGUACUGACUACAGAUAAAACUGUCCUAGCAAGUCAGGGUGAGCACAACAUUCCCAUUCGAAUAUACACCGCGAAGGCAUCGGAAUUCUCGCAUGGAGUUGUGAUCUUCUUCCAUUCUGGUGGAUUUACGGGUGGGUCCCUAGAAACUGAAGAUGAUGCACUUGGAGUUCCUCAUAACGAGAGAAACAAUCCAUACGCGUAUCCAUUAUGGGGCCAGUUUCAUGGAUUGCCCAAGACAUACAUUCAAAUCUGUGACGUGGACAUCCUACGGGAUGAUGCCGUGUGCUACGCGCAAGCCUUACGAGAUGCCGGGGUAGAAGUACAAGAGUCAUUGUAUACGGACCUUCCGCAUAUUUUCUGGGUUUAUGCUCAGCAUUUGGAUGUAUCAAAGAAGGCUCAAGGAGACUGUGUGCAAGGUUUGAACUGGCUAUUAGCAUCCACUGGAUAA